UUAUAGGAUUGAAAAUUUCCUUCAACAAAUGUAACUUGAACUCUAAUUGGGUCAGAGCUUCUUCAUAUUCUCGCCAAGUCUUCUUCUCCGGUAACAGUCAACCAUGAACCACCACAACAUGGUGGUGAAUGACAUCAAUGCCAUGCUCGACCAAGCAGAACCACCGGUAACCGCCGAUUGUUGCAUCUACAAAGUCCCCUUCGUUAUUCGCAGACUCAACGACGACGCAUACACCCCCAAAGUCAUUUCCAUCGGUCCUUUCCACCACCGUCACCACCACCACCCCCGCCUCCAAAACAUGGAGCGACACAAACUCAUUUACCUCAAAGCAUUUCUCCAACGAACCGAUUCAACUUUACCCACCUUCAUCAACUACAUUGAAUCCAUCAUACCUAUUUUCAACCGUUCCUAUUCCGAAACCCUAGAGUUCACAAAUGAGGAACUUGUUAAAUUAAUCUUAAUCGAUUCUGGUUUCAUAAUUGAGCUUUUCUGGAGAUCUUAUUAUGAUGAUUGGUCUCAAGAGGAUGAUUUUCUCUUAAAACCCUGGUUAGCUUCUAAUAUAAGAUUAGAUUUAUUGUUACUUGAAAAUCAAUUACCCUUUUUUGUUGUUGAAAAAAUCUUCAAUAUUUCUUUUAGUUCUAAGACUAAUAUCCCUUCUUUUCUUGAACUUACUUUUGAAUAUUUUGCUUAUUACAAUAAAUCCAAGUUAGAUUUUUCUGAUAAUAGUUAUAUUAGCAUAAGGCAUUUCACUGAUCUUAUUAGAAUUUUCCACUUGCAACAUCCAUUGGAAAGACGGCCGCGUAGAAUCGAUGAGCCGAUGACACAUCUUCAUAGUGUAACUGAGUUGUUAGAAGCAGGUGUUAGGUUUAAAGUGAACACUGAAAGUGAGUGUUUACUCGACUUGAGGUUUUCGGGUCGAGUUCUUGAAAUACCUCAAUUGAAAGUCGAGGAUUGGACUGAGAUUUUGUUUCGGAAUAUGGUUGCUUUGGAGCAAUGUCAUUAUCCUUACGAGUCUUACGUUACUGAUUAUGUUGCGGUUUUGGAUUUUCUUAUUAAUACUGGAAGGGAUGUGGAUAUACUUGUUAAGAAGGGGAUUUUGGUUAAUUGGCUUGGGGAUAGUGAUUCUGUUGCUAACUUGUUUAAUAGUCUUUGGAAAAAUGUUACGCAUUCAAAUUUCAGUUCUCAUUACUCUGUUCUUUGUGAAGAUUUGAAUGGUUUUUGUAGUGAUCCUUUGCGUAAAUUGAAGGCUACUCUCCGACGUGAUUAUUGUAGCAGUCCUUGGCAAACUGCGGCUUCUGUUGCUGGAAUUUUACUGCUGAUUCUCUCUUUGAUUCAAACAGUUUUUUCUGUCUUGCAAGUUGUACAUCACUAGAAUGAUGACUCCUAGUAAGUUCAAUCAUUGUUGAAUUCUAAUUUUUGUGAUUAAUUGCUAUGCACCGAGUGAUUGAUGCUGCUAUAAUGUUUGCUGGACUAGAACCUGUAUGAGUUUUGUCAUACUAUCCUUUUAUGGAGAUUUUAUUUACAUCUGUGAAUUAAAGUUA